UCCAAGCGCGGGAGGGGCGGGGCUUAGGCAAGCCGGGUCUUCCGGGAAAUGUGCCGGCAUUUGGUUUUGGCCGGGGGCUAUGGAGGUUGUGCGGUGCGUUGGGCACGGCUCCCUAUGCUUCCUGAAAACAGGCGUCCGGGAUGGGCCGAGCAGAGGGAAAAGCUUCUAUGUGUGCGGGGUCCAGGACCGGCCGCCCUGCGCGUUCGUCGCCCCCACAGAGCUUCCUCCUUCCCACUGCUUGAUCCAUGAGAAGUAUGUGGUGGAGCUGCAAGUUCUUAUUCAGCAGCAAGACAGAGAAGAAUACAGACUGUUUUAUCGAUGUCUUAAGAGUAAGAAGGAUGGAAAGAGGUGGUGUGGAAGCAUCCCCUGGCAGAAUCCAAAAACUUCCCAGUUGCCCACUGAUUUGGGAUGCCAUCAUGCACCAGCUCUACUCUGUAAUCCCAAUGGUCCACGAAAUCCAUUCAAAGUUCUGAACAAGAAUUGUGAAGUGUCUUCUUGGAAACAAAUAAAUGAAGAUACCACAGAAAAAAAUACAGCAGGAGGAGGAAAACAGAAGGCAGAAAAAGCGCAAGCAUUAGAUGCAAAGGAAAAGUUGACAUCAGAAUCUGUGAAAGGGAGAGAGCUGUCAGCAGGAAUGAAGAUUACGAAGAAACAAUCUGGAGAGAAGAAGACAGAAGCUGGGGAGGAAGCCUGUUCCCAAACUAAAUCAAGUCAGCCUGAGACUCAGAAAGAGGGAAACCUUUCUUGUGAUGGACAGAAACAUGGUACCUGCAAAGAGCCUGCAAAGUUUUCUAAGCAUGCGGAGAAGGCGGCAAGUGCAACACUAGUGGAGGAUGUCUUGUCUGGAGAAGGUAAUAGAAAGCCUUUGUCUUCAUGCCCUAAGAGUCAAAAGGCAGACGCUGCCCUUCUGAGAGAGGAACAGCUCCGAAAGGAAUGCUCCAUAGCCCAUGAGGACAAAUGGAUAAAAGUUGAGGGACAUGCUGGUGAGGAGAUCUGUGAGAAGAACCUGACAGCUAGGCAGAGCGUGAUUUCACAGAAGACUUCAACCACAUCAGAGCCAUCAACAUCAGUAUUCAUGCCACCUGGAGGUCCUCCGGCACAGGCAGCACCACCAAAGUCAGGAAUAGUGCCCAGGGUGGAGAAACGUAGUAGUGGACACUCUGGCACCAAUGAAGAUGAAGUUGUAUUUGUUUCUCCCACGCUGGGGGAAAGCCAGGCUGAUAGACCAAAGCUAGAUGUGCAACAGGGGGGCAUUCCUGCAAAAACAUCAGGGAGAAGUGAGCAAAAUAUUCUCUCCAAUUUCCCAGGACUUGAAAUAUCUUUGCCAAAGGGAGAAGCAUUGGACUUCAAAGACCUUCACAGCCACCUUCAAAUCCAGCUGAAACAGAAGAAGAGCACUUUGGCAGCAGUGAAUGUUCAGGCCCUGCCAGAUAAAGGUGAACGGUUACUAAAGCAAGUGCAGGAUUUGGAAGCUGCACUCAGUACUCUCAAUCUCUCGUCAGCAGAAAGGGAAGUGGAAGAGAACACCAGGGACAGCAAAAACCAUGAUGAACCGCUAUCCAACACAUCCAGCAGCCCAGGCACUGAACCAACAAAUAUUAUGCAGCUGAAAAAACAGCAGCCAUUUCAAGAUCCUUUUGCUGCCUCUUCUCUGGGGUUGCAUUGUCAUGGCCCAGUUCCCUCCCUGGGGUCCAGCAAAUACUAUGGUCAUGUUUAUGGAGUGAAUUCCAGUAUGCAAAACCUGUAUGGGGGCAGAAUGACUGAAGAUCGGAUCAAGGCUGUGCGUGACGCCACAAGUGAUGCCAUUGACCAUCUCUAUAAAUCUCUGGAAUCUUGCCCCACAGAGGAGACAGUUGCCGCAGAUCCAUCUGGGCUAAGGGUCUCAUUGCUGGUGCAUCAGAAGCAGGCCCUGGCAUGGUUACUCUGGAGGGAGAGCCAGCGACCAUGUGGAGGAAUUCUGGCGGAUGACAUGGGCUUGGGGAAGACCCUAACAAUGAUUGCACUCAUUCUGACCCAGAAAAAUCAAGCGAAGGGGGAAGGAAAGGAGAAGAAAUUAGAAAUGUGGCUGUCUAGACAUGAUUCCCCUGUUGUGCUGUCCCAUGGCACUUUAAUCAUUUGUCCUGCAUCCCUGCUCCAUCACUGGAAAAAAGAGAUUGAGAGGCAUGUAACUAGUGGCAAACUGAGGAUCUAUCUGUACCACGGACCUAACCGAAGCAAAGAUAUAGCAGUACUAUCCAAAUAUGACAUUGUUGUCACCACCUACGGCCUUAUCUCCAAGGAAGUGCCCACAAAAAAGGAAGAGGGAGAGGUCCCUGCGGAGGACCACAGUGUGGAGGAUACAUCAUCUCCCUGUUCCUCUCUGCUCCGCAUUACCUGGGCUCGGAUUAUACUGGAUGAGGCCCACAAUAUCAAGAACCCCAAAGCGCAGACCUCUUUAGCUUUGUGCAGGCUGAGAGCUAAUGCAAGAUGGGCUGUCACCGGAACACCAAUCCAGAACAAUCUGCUGGAUAUGUACUCACUGCUGAGGUUCCUGCGUUGCUCUCCCUUUGAUGAAUUCAAGGUGUGGAAGUACCAAGUUGAUAACGGUACAGUGAAAGGAGGAGAGAGACUGAGUAUCUUAACCAGGAACCUCUUAUUGCGGCGAACUAAGGACCAGCUAGACUCAACUGGCAAACCUCUGGUAUCUCUGCCUCAGCGCCAUGCUCAGCUGCACCAGUUAAAACUCUCUGAAGAUGAGCAGUCUGUGUACAAUGUGCUUUUUGCAAGAUCAAGGUCCACACUGCAGUCAUACUUAAAGAGACAAGAGCAGAAGAGUCAAGCCAAAGAAUACCCUGGUGGUAACCCCUUUGAUAAAGCACAAGAAUUUGGAGCUGGCCAAAAAGAUGUCUCAGGAGGGGCCUCCCAGGUCUCUAGUACGGUCCAUGUCUUGUCCAUGUUGCUGAGACUCCGCCAAUGCUGCUGCCAUCUUUCCCUGCUAAAAAUGGCUCUGGAUCAAGCUAACUUGAACAGUGAUGGCAUCUCCCUUUCCCUAGAAGAGCAACUCAGCGCUUUGACCUUGUCUGAACUCCAAAGCCCUGACUCCAAAUCUACAGUCUACCUCAAUGGCACAGCUUUCAAUGUGGAUCUUUUUGAAGUCACCAGACAGAGCACCAAGAUAUCUCAUCUCCUGGCUGAACUGAAGGCCAUCCAAAGUCAUUUAGAAUCCCAGAAAAGUGUCAUUGUGUCUCAGUGGACUAGCAUGUUGAAAGUUGUGGCCAUCCAUCUUGAGCGUCUGGGGUUGAAGUACGUGACAAUAGAUGGCUCUGUAAAUCCUAAAGAGAGGAUGGAUGUAGUGGAAGAGUUCAAUAUGAAUCCCAAAGGGCCUCAGGUUGCCUGUUGCCAAGCAGGAAUUGUUCCCAGCUCAUCUCAUGCUUCUGCAGGUUAAGUAUGUUUACGCACACACAACAUGGGGAGUUCUGGAGCCCUGCAAUCUGUUCUUAAAAUGAACUUUACUGUAUUAGAAUUCACCUCUCACCCCAAAUCUCAGGACAGGCAUGUGAAGUCAGUGGGAGAUGGGAAUUCAUAAUUCCUUUUUUUUUUUUUUUUUUAAGUGAGUUGACUGGUCAGUGACCCCUUCAGAGUAGCCCACAAUUUGGGUCAAAAAGAAAAAAAAAAUACUGUCUACUGUAAUGGCUAUUUUGGAGCUAACAGCAGGCUACCACUUUCUCUAUGACAAGGUCUGAAAUCCCAGUGGAACUCUCCAGGCACCUGGGGAGUCUUGAGUACAGAUUGAGGACAUUCUCCUAGAACAGUUUUUUUUAUCUGGAUGUUUUGUAGUAGUUACUGUAAUUCAGACAGGACUCUUGACUUUUCUGGAGAGUAGGUCCAUCUGGAAGGGACAAGUCCCAGAGUUAAUCUAAUGACAUUAACUAGUUUUACUCCCUGGAUGUCUUAGAAGAACUGCAGGCUGAUAACCUCAGGGCAAAAGAUACUAGACUUAUUGCUGAUAGAGAUGUUUGUUUCUUUAAAGGAAAGCAAAGUGCCAGCUUCCUUCAAAGAGAAAACUGUUAGUCCCAUGCUCAAGAAAUCACCUCUUGAUGUAGACAGUCCACCACCUGUUGUCCGUGACUUCAGUGAAAGGAGUUACAGGAGUUAUGACAUCCCCUCUCUCGUGGAUCCUUGUUAUCAAAAAAAAAUAAAAAAUCUCAUAAUAAGUGUGAACUGGUCUCCUCAGCAGAGAGGCCAAUGAUUGAAUGCCCCAGAGAGAAAUAACUUUCUUCACCUGCAAGGGGAGGUCUAUACAAGGCUGUUACUGCAUCAGGCAGUAUUUUGGACACACUGUGCAUGCACCCCCAGUGUCAUACCUCCUGGACUGGAAGUCACGUAGCCGCAUUAGAAGGCUACAUUCUGAGCUCUGCUGAGAGGCAGAGCCUAACUACUCGUGCUGUGCUGUACAAAGGUGGCUGAACUUGCUACUACUGAUUUCAGGAGGUAGUAUAUGCAGAAUGAUUGUGGCAUGAGUACAGCACUACCUGGCACUAUACCUGGGCUUUUUCCAGUCAAGAGAAACUUGUUGGGAUGAUGCUUGGGGAAAGCCUGGCCUACUGGGAGGCAGCCUAUGCCAUAGUGUUUUGCAUACAGCUCCAAUCUCCAGGGUUACUAAACCAACCAAUAACUUGCCGGUACUACAUGUACAUAGGCAAGGCAUCUUGAUCUUUUGCCUGAACCAAAAUCCAGAAUAGACAGGCUAUGAUUUUUCUGGGGGUGGGCUCCUGAAAGUAACCUGUCUCUCUUUUUGUUGGUCU